UCAUUUUGUCUUAUUCUUGUUUAUUCUUCUUUUCAUUCGCAUCUUGUUUGGAAAUUUGAGAAGUAAUAAUAACAAGCUGAGUUUUAUUACUUUGGCUGAGAAAACAAAUGAAGAUGAUGAGUAUUCUCAAGUUAGUUGCAGUACUCUUUGUUGUGGUGUCGCAGCUGUUUUUGAAUGGAGCUGUUGGUUGCUUAGAGAAUGAGAGACAUGCUCUUCUUCAGUUGAAGGCCAGCCUUGUGUUGGAUGACACUUCCUUUUUGCCUAGCUGGGACAGUAAGAACGAUGGUUGCUGUGCAUGGGAAGGAAUCGGUUGUAACAAUCAAACUGGACAUGUUGAAAUGUUUCAUCUUAGUCCUCCUCAGUUUGGAUUUGAGACACUUAAAGUAUUUCCAGGCGAGAUCAAUGCAUCAUUGAUGGAGUUGAGACAUUUAAAAUAUUUGAACAUUAGUUGGAAUCGGUUUUCAAACAAUGUUUUUUCAGAAAUGUUUGGUUCUCUUAUCUACUUGAGAUUCCUUGACCUCCAUGAUUCAUUUCUUGAGGGAAGAAUUCCAAAUGAUGUUGCUCAUCUUUCACACUUGCAAUAUCUUGAUCUUUCAUAUACUUACCUGGAGGGGACAAUCCCUUAUCAACUUGGAAAUCUCUCUCAUUUGCACCAUCUUGAUCUCAGUUGGAAUUUUCUUAAUGGAACCAUUCCUCAUCAACUUGGAAGCCUUUCAAAUUUACAAGAGCUUAAUCUUGGAUCCAAUUACAGACUCAAAUUUGAUGAUAAGAACAAUCAUGUUGGAGGUCAGUGGAUUUCUAAUCUUACUCUUUUAACCCAUCUUGACUUGAGUGGCUUACCCAAUCUCAAUUCUUCUCCUCUCUUGUUACAAACUAUUGCCAAGCUUCCUAAAAUACAAGAAUUGAAGUUAUCAAAUUGUGACCUUUCUGAUCUUUACCUCCAUUCUCAGUCCCAUUCACGGUUCAACUUUUCUACUUCUCUUGCAAUCCUUGACCUUUCAUUCAAUACCUUUUCAUCUUCCAAAAUAUUUGAAUGGGUGUUUAAUGCCACCUCUAACUUAAUUGAGCUUGAUCUAAGCAAUAACAGCUUCAAUGGCACCAUUUCAUAUGACUUUGGCAAUAUCCGAAAUCGUCUUGAACAACUCGACUUAUCGGAAAAUGAACUACAAGGUGGAAUUCCAGAAUCUAUUAGACAUAUGUGUAUGUUACAGUCAUUGCAUCUUGAUGGUAGCAACUUGAAUGAAGACAUUUCAACUAUGCUACACAAAUUGUCUGGUUGUGCAAGAUACUCACUGCAACAUUUGAGUUUAGCUUACAGCCAAAUUACUGGAACGUUGUCUGAUCUUUCAAUAUUCCCAUCUCUAAUAAUAAUCGAGCUUUCAAAUAAUAUGUUAAGUGGGAGGGUGCCAUAUGGAAUUCCAAAAUCAUUGGAGUCUUUCAUAAUUAGAUCAAAUUCUUUAGAAGGUGGAAUUCCAAAAUCAUUUGGUAACCUAUGUUCAUUAAAGUUGUUAGAUUUGUCAAGUAACAAGCUGAGUGAAGAUCUUUCAGUGAUACUUCAUAAUUUAUCUUUUGGGUGUACAAAAGAUUCACUUCAAGAAUUAAACUUGGAAAGCAACCAAAUUAUUGGCACGGUACCUGACAUGUCAAUGUUCUCAUCUUUAAGAACUCUGGCCCUAUCCAACAAUUCAUUAAAUGGGAGGAUACUAAACAAUUCAGCAUUCCCCAGCCAUUUAGAGAAUCUAUACUUGGAUUCUAAUGAUUUGGAAGGUGUGAUAACCGACUCUCAAUUUGGAAACAUGUCCAUGUUAAAGGAGUUAUACUUGAAUGACAAUCCAAUGUCUCUCAUAUUCGGUGAAAAUUGGGUGCCAUCUUUUCAGUUGAAUACCAUGCUGUUAAGGUCAUGUAUGCUAGGGCCUAAUUUUCCAAAAUGGUUGCAGAGUCAAAAGCAUCUUCAACGGAUAGACAUUUCUAAUGCUGAAAUUUCUGAUGCAGUUCCAGUAUGGUUUUGGACUCAAACAAAAUAUUUAAAUUUCAUGAAUAUUUCAUACAAUAAUCUCUUUGGCACAAUUCCAAAUUUGCCAAUAAGAUUUUCUGAAGGUUGUGAAGUAAUUCUCGACUCAAAUCAAUUUGAAGGUUCAAUCCCCCUGUUUUUGCAAAGUGCAACAUUUCUGCGGUUGUCCGAGAACAAAUUUUCUGAACCUCGUUUAUUCUUAUGUUCUAACAAUUCAAUCGAUAGAUUGCACCUAUUGGAUAUUUCAAAGAAUCAACUAUCCAAGCAACUCCCUGAUUGUUGGAGUCAUUUGAAAUCAUUGGAAUUUCUAGAUUUGAGUGGCAAUACUUUGUCUGGUGAAGUACCAUCCUCAUUGGGAUCAUUACAUGCACUUAAGGUAUUGAUAUUGCGUAACAAUACUUUUACUGGGAUGUUGCCCAUGUCCUUGAUAAAUUGCACAGGACUGAUCAUGCUUGAUGUUGGAGAUAAUAGGUUCUCGGGACCAAUACCGUAUUGGUUAGGACAAGAAUUGCAAAUGUUAAGCUUACGAAGAAAUCAGUUUAGUGGAAGUAUUCCACAGAGUCUUUGUUACUUGACAAAUAUUCAACUGUUGGAUCUCUCAGAUAACAGUCUAUCAGGAGGAGUUUUCAAAUGCUUGAUGAAUUUUUCCGCUAUGUCUCAAAACAUUUCCUCAACUACAGAAGUAGACUUAAACAUAAAUUUGAUGUAUGGACAUGGAAUUAUAAAGGCAUCUGACACCUAUGAUUUGAUUACUGUGUUGAUGUGGAAAGGUGAAGAACGAUUGUUCAAGAAUAAUAAGCUUAUUUUGAGGAGCAUUGACCUUUCAAGCAAUCAAUUGAUGGGAGACAUUCCAAAAGAAAUAGGAAACUUGAUCGAAUUGGUGUCACUGAAUUUAUCAAGCAACAAUUUGACCGGAGAAAUUACUUCAGAGAUUGGAAGGUUAACAUCACUUGAAUUUCUUGACUUGUCAAGAAACCAUUUCUUUGGUCCAAUUCCUCCUUCUCUAGCUCAAAUUGAUCGUUUGUCCAUGUUGAAUCUUUCCUAUAACAAUCUUUCUGGAAGAAUUCCAAUUGGCACACAAUUACAAAGUUUCGAUGCAUCAAGUUAUGAAGGGAAUGCUGGUCUUUGUGGAAAACCACUUGACAAAAACUGUCCAGGAGAUGAAGAAGUUACACCUCAGAAACCAGAAACAAAUGAAGAAAGUAGUCCAGAAGAUAAAAAAUCAAUUUAUUUGAGUGUGGCAUUGGGAUUUAUCAUAGGAUUUUGGGGACUUUGGGGAUCAUUAUUUCUCAUCAGGACUUGGAGACAUACAUAUGUGUUGUUCUUGAACAACAUAGUUGAUACAAUGUAUGUGUUUAUGGUGCUGAAUGGAAUAAAAUUUCAAAGGUGGCUCGGAGGUUUGCAGGAAAAGUUUUUCUAAGCACCUCCAAUAGAAUCAUGCGAGGUUUUGUUGAAGAAAGGUAGCACAAAAAUAAAGGAAUCCAGAGUUCUAUGUCAAUCACCAACUUCUGAAGCAUAUACAUGUGAUAUGUGUUGUGAGAUUAAUAAUGUUAUUGUCAAAGAGAAAAAAACAUGUUUUAUAAUUUUGUUUUUUAGAUACUGUAAUGAUUGCACUCUCAGUCCUUCUUCAGUUUUCCAAUAUUGUGUUGUAAUAAAGUUAUUGAAAUAAAAUAAUAUGAUUGUUGUG